AUGAACAUCGUUCUCUCCAGGUGAGCACAGGUGUGGGUGACGGGGGACACAGUGGCCAACGCUGAGAAGUGCUUCAGCCAGUUCUACUCGCUGCUGGCCGCCUACACCCGCAAGACAGCCCGGCUGCGUGACACCGACCAACUGGUCAAGCAGCUCAUCGACUUCACCAACACGGAGAACCCGGAGAUGCGGGCCGCCCUGAGGAACUUCGCCGAGGACCUGGCAGGCCGAGGGGAGCGAGUCGAGAGGCUGGAGACCAAGGUGGUCAAGCCCCGGAAGCUCUACGGGCAGAUGAAGCAGACCCAGGCUGAGAUCAAGGAAUUCAAACACGUCCGGAACGAGGAGCUCAAACAACUGGAAAAACUGGAGAGACUCAGGCAGAAGUCCCCUUCCCAGAGGCAGACCAUCGUAUCCUUCCUGAGGCAGGGGCCGGGGGGCACUGAGGCCGGGGCCGUGCAUCACCCCCCAGGACAGCUGGCCCAAGGGUGGGGUGAAGGGACAGAGAAUGAUCCAGAAUGGAGCCCCCAUGACACUUUGUAUCUCUGGGGCCAGGCGGAGACCGGCAUGCAGAGGGCCUGGGUGGAUGCCAGCCGCACCUCCCACCAGCUGGAGGAGAUGGUGGAUGCCUUCCAGGAACAGAAGCUGAAGGGCCUCCAGAAAAUUUUUUCGGACUUUGUGACCAUUGAGAUGGUCUUCCACGCCAAAGCUGUGGAGGUGUAUUCCAGUGCCUUCCAGACUCCGGAGAGCUACGACCUGGAGAGAGAUCUGGAGGAUUUUAGAGCCAAGAUGCGUGAAGUUCAUGGGCGUUAUGACGCUCGGCUGCUCACGGACACCACCCUGCCCCCGGCCGUCCCGUGGUUUCUCGCCCAGAGCACCCAGAGCACCGUACGGAGCCAGAGAAAAGAAGCAGCCAGUGAGGACAAGUCUGCCGAGGAGGACCCCGUGGAGGACCUCAGGGGACAGGGGAAGGGGCUGCAUCGCCAGGACGAGAACUCCCCAGUCAGGAAAAGGGGGCUGAGGCUGGAUGCUCGGAGGCUCUGCCGUGUGCAAGUCCCGUGUCCUCUGAGUCCCGCUUUCCUCAUCUGUCUGGCAGGAAUGACAUCACUCAGCUCACAGGCUGCUCUGGGGAUCAGGGUGCCCAGAAGGACACCUGGUACCUAGCAGGUGUUCAAUAAACGUGGGCGCAUCUCACCCUGACUCCUGCUGCGUCUCAUUUCCUGUCUUAUGACUGGGCUUCUGGGUGUUUAAGCCCGUGUGAACGUGUGUUACCGAACCAAACUCGGGUCCAUUUGCCUGUGUGCAGUAAAGCCAAUUUACUGACACCGGGUUGCAGUGAAGGAAAGGGCAGGAUUUGUUGCAGGCGCCAAGCAAAGAGUCCAGGCAGCUGGUGCUCAAAAGGUCCCAACUUCCCGACGACUUUCAGGAAAGGUUUUUAAACACAGGGUGAGGGAGGGAGACUGUGGGGCGCGUUAUCAGCUCUCGGACAUUUUUCCUUUAUUCUUUUUUUUUUUCUGGCUGUACCGUGCGACUUGUGGGAUCUUAGUUCCCCAGUCAGGGAUCGAA